UAGUCAGUCACAACACGAUUUUCGUUGAAGCAACAUCGAGCCGCUUUUAAAUUAAUAAUUUAUCAUAAUUUUAAUAAUUUAAUUUAUUAAUUCAGUUUAAAAAUAGAAUAACUACAAAGCUGUGUUUGUAAACUGGUAUUUCGUUUGAUUAAGAGGCGUUGUAAGAUGUUCAGUGAGAAUAGUUAGAGAUGGGAAUCGCAUUACAACAUCCGAGAUGAAUCGGUACACAGUUUUGGUACUUUUCUCCAUUCUCGUCGGUGUUACUUUUCAGACGACCGACUUCCAAGACAACCUCAUAAAUGGGUACAGAGCUCUCAUAGCGGACAUCCAAGUCCGAACACAGAAAUCCCGAGAGGAUAUGGACACUCUUGUCUCUCAGAUCAAACUCCUCAUGAAGAACGAAGCCGAUAAGGCCAUCAACUACAUGACUGUCUACCUUGAACAAAUCUCUUUAUAUUUUCAGGUAAUCAUACACGAUCGGAAACCACGAAAUGGAACCUACUGCAAAGAGAGUAUUGUGAAGUUAUUAGGAGAGAAUCUUCAGUUGGCAGAUGAAAAUGUCACUUUAUGCCUCGCUUUAGGCUACCAAAGAGUUCAGCGGUUACCAGAAAAAUUACAAGUGCACUUCGAAACUUUGGAAAAUUUGAAGAAAUAUUCUGCUUCAAAACUGUUUGAGUGCCAGAAACAACAACAAGUCGGUGGCAACUGCUCUCACGAGAGUCAAGACCUGGAAAGGACUGUCUUCCUUUACGAAACGUCACCGUUCCCUGUGGUCAUGGCUGAGAUAGCCAUUCAUGGGUUUAAAGAAGUCUCCGACUUGAGCGUCUGUCUCAAGGACAUCAUCUCUAGAAUGAUGACGCACUCCGUCAAGGUCAUCGGCGACUUCAACAGAUGCAUCCACAACAUCGAAAUGCCCAAACUCAAAUAUCUCCUCAAAUUUAUGAAAAAGUAUGCUUGAUAGAAAAUCUAGUAAUGUUAAGAUUGGAACGGCACAUGUGUGAACUACGUUUUUUAUCACAGCUAAGCUAUUGAUUUUAAAAACCAAUGACUCAGAAACAAUCUAGUUAUACUAUUUAUGAUGUCGCGUUUAAGUCUCUGUCUCAAAAUACAGAGGCCUUAGAUUGGCAUCAAAAAAACAUACGAGUUGAUAAACAACACAAUAAUUAUGAAAUGAAUGAAAACUUCUGACUCAUAAAUAAGACUAACAAAAUACCAAAAAAGUAUUUUAUUUAAUUUUCCGAGUAAAAGUAGAACUAUAACAUUAGCUAAUAUUUCUCAAACACUUGAAUUCUUAUAUUUGAGAUAUUAGCUUGUAACAUUAAAGCCAAAAUUACACUUGUUUUAAAGUAAAAUGUGUUAAAUGUAAUAGUAUGAAUGUUUACACUUAGAUUAUUUGAAAAUUUAAAAAUUCUGCUUAUUCAUGGUACGGUUUUGAUUAUUUUUUUGUGAGAAACAUACAUAAUGGAACAAAAACAACAAUUCUGUACCCUGAACAAACGGAAGAUGAUUAAUAUAUAAGAACAAAGUAAAAAUCGUAUAUCUGCGCUCUGUCAUAGUGAAAAAUAAUAAGAAAUGGCUAAAGUUGACACCAUGGUUAAAGUUGUAAAUUGUUUUGUAUAAUGAUUUUGAGAAAUGACAAUUUUGCGUAUUAGAAAUCUUAUCUAAGAGAAAUGUAUAUUUAUGAGUCGAGCAAUAAGAACUAGCUUCAUACGCAAAAAUCUGCGGUUUUAAAUUCAACCCAUACAAUAUAAUAAUCUUCUUAAAAACAAUAAGUAAAUUAAAAUUGCAUGAGUAAGAGUUAGAAAAAAUAUUGUAUGAAUGAUAAUGUUUUAUAUUAGACGAUGUAAAUAAUUAAAACGGUAUCGGCUUUGAAUAACUUAAAUAUAAUUUUUCAUUUAUUUAUAUGCAUUAGGUUAUAAUAAUUGUAAUUUAGUUAGACUAUCAAUUAAUACGGACAUUGUGAAAGUGUGAAAUGAGUUUUUUAAUAAAACAUUAUAAUAUUUA